AUGUUCUCGGCUGAAUUCUCCGGAGCCAGAAACCCAACCAUGGGCACGGCCUCGAUACUAUAUUCCUCUCACGGUUUGCCGGUAGAUCAGGGCGUACCUUCGUCCGAGCAACCUCACAAAAAGGAGGAUUACGAGAGUAUACAACGUAAGCGGCGCGCAGAAAUGAUUCUCGCACAGUACGAUCUGCUGAUGAAGUACGCCGUGGAGAACAACCUGUCAAUACCCCAGACUCGACAGUAUUUUCGGAAGGUGGCGUUGGGAAUUCCCACGGAAUCUAUCAUCAAGAAUUGGUUCCCUAGUUGA